UGGCGCAGGCUGCAUCGCAUUCUCGAGAGCUUUCUGCGUCAAGGCCAAGCACUCGAGACACGACUUGAUCGAUUGAUCGAUCAUGUCUGCCUGAUUGGACUGCCUUGAUCUCUCAGUCGAGUCCCGACAGGCCAUCCUCAUCGACAAAAUACUAUUACCGGCUCAGCAGUCAUGUCGAACAGAUCAGUGCCACAUGUCUAUAGACAGACGAUCGAUAGCACCAUCAAUGCCGUCAGGGGAGACUUUGAAGAGAUGGGAAUAGAAGAUGCCGUGCUCGAGGAAUUACAAAGGCUAUGGGAAGUCAAACUGGCAACGUCAAGGGUAGCAGAUUUUACUGCCGAUGCCAGGAUGGCGCCCUAUGCGAGAGCUCUGCCGCCUCUCCCGCCUGCACCUGCGUAUUCUCGUAGCCAGAAUACCUCCAUAAGCUCUAGCGCACCGAGUCAAGAGCAAGCGCUGUGGAACUCUGGCUCAUCUGCUUCCACUAGCGCGACUGCAAACGCCAAUGCCAAUGGCUAUCCGUCAGAUGUCAAACCCUCCAUUACAGCCUCACCGAAAGAUCUGACAGCAACAGAUGCGAAGACCGCGUUAGGGGCGGAUGAGAAGCCAGACCGAGACGAAGACGCCAUCGAUUCAGAUCUGGACGAUCCAGAAGAUGAUGAGGAUGAUGAAGAGGUAGCCGAAGAGGGUGGUGAUCUCGUGAUUGCGCUGUAUGACAAAGUACAGAGGGUGAAGAACAAGUGGAAGAUUGUGCUCAAAGAUGGCAUCAUGUCCAUCAAUGGCAAAGACUACCUCUUCUCUCGAUGUAACGGGUGCGUGAUCCUUCUAAUCAUCUAUCACAGACUCUGAUUUGUACGCUCUUCGCGUGCAGCGAAUUAGAAUGGGCAAGUCUCUUGCUUCCGAUCUCCAAAGACGGUGCUGAUCUGCGAUGCGCUCCGCAGUGAACCUUCGUCCAUGUUUGUACGCAUCUACCUUGCAUCUCAUUGUACCGCAAAACCUGCAAAAAUCUCACUUCGCACUGCUCUCGUGUUGCAUACAACCUUACACGAUCUCUCCAAAACGAACGAGAGACCAACAGCACUACCUUGUUCGAUUCUUCUCACGGCUUCUUACCCCCCAGAUUGAUCUUCAAGCCCGAUUUGACGCC